AUGUUGGAAGAGUUUGACCCGGUUAUCAAAGAGCAUGUGCGGCGGAUCACAAGUGAUGGGCUUCAUGUGCAUUAUCUUGGCCACUUAAUCCAAAACGAACUAAUAUCUUUGCUAGCUCAAGAAAUUAAAAAAGAACUUAUCAAGAAGAUAAAUGAAGCAAAGUACUACUCAAUCAUACUUGAUUGUACUCCCGAUUCAAGUCACCAGGAACAGAUGACUAUAAUAGUGAGGUAUUUGACGUUAUCAUAUAACUCUGUUACUGUCGAGGAGUCCUUUUUAGGUUUUUUGAAUGUUGAUGAUACCUCUGGAAAAGGAAUAUUUGAUAUUACACUUGAGGAGUUACAGUCUCUUGGUCUUGAAAUUGAUGAUAUGCGUGGACAAGGCUAUGAUAAUGGAGCAAACAUGAAAGGAAAACACCAAGGGGUGCAAAAGAGAUUUUUAGAUAUAAAUCCUAGAGCAUUUUACACUCCUUGUGGUUGUCAUUCUCUUAAUCUUACAUUAUGUGAUAUGGCUAACAAGUGUGUUAAAGGAAAGAACUUUUUUGGAUUCAUCCAACGCAUUUAUACUAUCUUUGCAAAUUCUACUAAGAGGUGGGAAAUUUUGAAAGAUAAUGUUAAAGCUUGGAGUCUUAAGUCAUUGUGUCAAACUCGUUGGGAAAGCCGGGUUGAGAGUGUAAAGGCUAUUAAACUUCAACUUGUGGAUGUACGGGAAGCUUUACUUCAAGUUGGAGAAAAAGAUAAUGAUGCUGCAAUUGCAAGUGAAGCAACUUCACUAGCAGAAAAAAAACUUGGUGACUUUGAAUUUUUGGUAUCAACUGUUAUUUGGUAUGAAGUACUAAACCAUGUAAAUAUUGUGAGUAAGAAGUUACAAUCAAAGGAUAUGCAUCUUGAUAAUGCUAUUACAGAAAUAAACAAAUUGAUUGGGUACUUCAAGAAUCAUAGAGAAACUGGUUUUUCAAAAGCGAUUGUUGAAGCUAAGGAGAUUACUAUUGAAAUGGGUAUUGAUCCAAUAUUUCCACAAAAGCGUUUGAUUGAAAGGAAAAGAAGGUUUGAUGAGAGUUCAACUAGCGAAGAAGUUUCAUUUACACCUGAAGAGAACUUUAGAGUCAAUUAUUUCUUAUUCAUUGUUGAUCAAGCUAUUUCUUCUCUUGAGACAAGAUUUGAACAAUUCAAAGAGUAUGACAGAGUAUUUGGUUUUUUAUUUCCACAUAAUUUGAGGGGAAUUGAAGAUAAAGAUCUAAAGUCGUAUUGUCAUCGUCUUGAAAAAGCACUCAAGUUUGAAGAAAGAUCGGAUAUUGAUGCCGAUGAACUUUAUACGGAGUUGAAAUUAUUUGAGACAUUGGAAACCAAUGAGUUUAGCAACCCUAUAGAUGUUUUGAAGUUUUUGAAAGAACUUGAUUAUUUCCCAAAUGCAAGCAUUGCAUAUAGAAUAUUGUUAACUAUUCCAGUAACGGUUACAUCUGCAGAAAGGAGUUUUUCAAAAUUGAAGUUUGUGAAAUCUUACUUACGCUCCACAAUGACACAAGAAAGACUUAGCGGUUUGGCAAUGAUAUCUAUCGAGAAUGAAAUCUUAGAGAGUAUAGACUAUGAAGAGUUGAUCAACCAAUUUGCAAUCAAGAAUGCUAGGAGAGCUUCAAGAAUUCUUGGUUAG